AAAUCUUCGAUACCUUCGAGUCAUUACAAGACACAAGCCAAGGUAGAAAGUUGCAAACUUUCGACCUUUUCGAGAAAGGCCAAAUUUGACAUCCAUAAGGCAGAUAAAUCCCAAACCGGAGUUAACCAGUUGCGAGAUUACAUUAGUCCCCAAAAAAGAGUUCGAGUUUGAAGCCGGAAGAAUCCGAAGUUUCUUAUCCUUAUCUGAACUCGACUUUUCAGAAGAUAAAAUGGCGCGAGGAGACGGAACAGGGAAGGGAGUUAAUGUCGAUAAAGGCUUCUUGCUGCCCAAUGGAGUCCUGAAAAUCAUUGAAGUGGUUAUCAACAUCGCCGUAAUGGCAUGCAUCGGCACCGUGUGGGGCGGCGACCUCCAAUUCGUCAUGGCCAUCGCCGUCAUCUACUUCUUAUGGACGCUGCUGAUGUUCUUUUGUUUUCUCUUCUGCGUCCCAGACAUGAUUGGCGGGAAAAAACCGUGGAACAUUGCUGAUCUUGUCCACGAUGUUUUGGCAGUGUUUGGUUAUUUCGUCUGCUUCAUCAUCGGCUGUGUGUGGGCAGGAAACGCGAGAUAUCAUGUAUUUUGGUAUUUUUUCUCUAGCAACCUGAUUGCCCUUGCAAUAUUUACUUUCUUGAACCUUGUGGCAUAUAUCAUCAGCUUAGUGUUCUGCGUGUUGGAGAUGCAGGGGAAGCCGGUUGGUGGAAAGUAAACACGUGACCGACGUAACCAAGGCAACAUUGGAUACCUCAGACACUAGCUAGAAAACAUUUUAAAGUGCGAUUUUUACAUAGCUUACAAUAUAAGGUAAAGAGGCUAAUAAGGAUAACCAGUGCUUCGAAUGAGAUCUUAUGUAUAUACCUGUUUACGUGACCGGCUGGAGGCAGUAGGGUGCAGCAUCAUAAACCCUUUCCGCUGAGAUACUUUUUUUCGUGAGAUCGUUUUUUGGCGGGAGAUACUUUAAAUCACAGUUGCUGUAACUUGUGUUUCAGCAUGGCCGGCUGAAAUCGCACAUUCGAUAAAUUUGUAGUAUAUUUUCCUAUGUUCUUUCAUUCAAAAUAUGUGAAUUUCAUGUUGUUCUGAUAGUCCUUUAAAGUUCGGUAGCCUUUUUUGGGGGGUUGUCAAAAUUUGACAACACUUGACUUCAUUGCCAAGAUUCUCGCAAGCUGCUGCUUCUGCCCAGCUCAGACAACUGGGCCUACAAAUUUGAAGAAAAUCACCAUCUCGCUGUGAAAGACCCGCUCAGUGGUGGCGCGAUGGACUUGGAUGCAGGCGGUCCGAGUUCGACUCCCAUGUGAACUCGAAGCACCUCUUCUUAUUUUCUUCGUUUUCUUGAGGCGCUGGGCCAAUCUGGAGGAUAAUUCGAAUCGGCUGCUGGAAGGUCGUUUUCUGCUUUCAAAGCUUGAAAUGUAUGGCUUCGUGAUGAUUCCAUCACGUCACUGUCAGCGGUACGGCACAUAUUAAAGGGUAGUCAGUACGAUAGCUGUCUCAUUAUUAACAUCUGUCAGGGGUAGUAUAGGCUGACAGUCUGCGCGGUCAACCAAAUAGCAAGCAACUCUCGAUACAUCUAAGGCCUAGGUCUCUAUUCCAUAAAUCCAUGAUUUAACAAUAUGAUGGUACAUGUACCUUGAUUCCAAGA